AUGCUGGGUAGAAUAUUUUAUCGACAAGCUUCACCGGCGUAUACAUUAUUUAAAUUAUCCAAACAAAAUUUUGUUACAUCACCUAGAAACGGACCGAUACCACAUUUCAUUAGAUUAACAGCGAAUAAACAAGGUAUUUGCCGCUUAUAUUCAACAAUAAAACUAGAAGAUGUAACAGUAGAUUUUGAUUAUGUUAAAAAGGCCACAGAAAACCGCAAUGUGCUUAUCAUAGAUGUGCGUGAGCUUGAAGAACUUAAAGAACAUGGAAAAAUUCCAAACAGCAUUAAUAUACCAUUGGGUAAUGUAACUCCAGUCUUGAGUACAAUGCCAGACAAUGAAUUCAAUAAGUUGUAUAAUAGGCCAAAACCCACAGAAGACACGGAAAUAAUUUUCUAUUGUAUGAUUGGUAAGAGAUCUGGUAUGGCUCAACAAAAUGCUAUUAAUCUGGGUUACAAAAAUGUAAAAAACUAUCUUGGAAGUUACGCAGAUUGGGCAAAUAAGUCACAAUAA